AUGUUGAAAGCAAACGAGCUAGACCAAGAACUUGUAGAGCUCUUAUGGCAAAAUGGGCAAGUAGUUAUGCACAGCCCAACACAUAGGAAGCUACUUGGGAAUUCAUCUAACUCGAGACAGAUGCAGAGAAAUGAUCGAUCAACAUUAAGGGCUGGUGGGACAUAUGGGAAAUCAAGCAACUUGGAUCAAGAAGAGGCAGCACCAUGGAUCCAAUACCCACUUGAGAACCCUUUGGAACAAGAAUUUUGUUCAAACAUUUUAUCUGAGCUACCACCGCCUUGUGAAGUUGACUCUUAUUACAAGUCAAUCAGGCAAUUGGAAGAGGAAAAGUUUGCCAAAUUUGUUUCCCCUAGUGCCCCCCAUCAUCCUACUUCAUAUUCUCAACCACUACUAUCUAACAUGAAACCCUCCUGUGUUCAGGGACUCCUAGGGAAUCUUAUGCCCGCACCAAGAUUUCAUGUUCCUGAUUCAAAUCAGAAAAUCAGUGACUUUGGUGCAUCACGGAGGGUGCUAAAUUUUACUCACUUUUCAACACCCUGUAAUGUUUCUUCACCAUCUCAAAAAAUUAAUGCUAACCUCUCACAAAGUGAGGCUAGAGAGCACUCAGUGAUCACAGUUGGUUCAAGUCACUGUGGCAGCAAUCACAUCCCUCAGGACCAAGAUGUAAGCAGGGUCUCAAGCAGUGGUGUUUCGGCCACCACCAAUAAUACUACUUUAUUUACUGAGCCCGAAGCUGUAGAUAUUGUCCAGAGACCAAUUCCUCGGAGUGAGAAAGGAAAAUCAGAGAUGAUUGAACCAACUGUAACUUCAUCCUCCGGUGGCUUAGGCAGCUGUACUGGUAUUGGAAGAACUUGUUCCCUAUCAACAAGAGACCAUGGCCAAAAGAGAAAAGGGACAGAAGAAGAAGCAUCAGAGGAACAAAGUGAGGCCACAGAACUUAAAUCAGCUGAUGGAAACAAGUUAUCUCAGAGGACGGGGUCUUCCAGAAGGAGCCGUGCAGCUGAAGUGCAUAAUCUAUCAGAAAGGAGAAGAAGAGAUAGGAUUAACGAGAAGAUGAGAGCAUUGCAGCAACUGAUACCUAACAGCAACAAGGUACAGACAGACAAAGCAUCAAUGUUAGACGAGGCAAUAGAAUACUUGAAAUCGCUUCAGUUUCAGCUUCAGGUUAUGUGGAUGGGGGCUGGCAUGACACCAGUGAUGUUUCCAGGAAUUCAGCAGUAUAUGUCACAGAUGGGGAUGGGAAUUGGUCGACCUUCUUUGCCUUCCAUUCACAACCCAAUGCAGUCACCAAAAGUGCCACAUGAUCAAGCCAUGUCUGUGCCUCAGAUGCCAAACCAGAAUUUAAUGUGCCAAAAUCCAGUUUUGGGUGUCUUCAAUUACCAAAACCAGAUGCAAAACCCAUGCCUUUCAGAACAAUAUGCACGUUACAUGGGUUACCAUCUCAUGCAAAGUGCCUCUCAGCCGAUGAAUGUGUUGAGAUAUGGUUCCCAAGCAACGCAACAGAGAGAAACAAUGAUUGCAGAAGGCAAUAAUAGCAGCGGACCCAUGAGUGGAACAGCUAAUAUCAAUGAUGCUGUUAGUGGCAAAACGGGUUCUUCUACCUUUAACUGA